CACAGAAUAUGAUAAUGCUUAUCCGUUUUCUGUUAUCAGUUCUUCCAAACUCGAAAGCCGUGAAACGUCCUUAGAUCUAAGCGUGAAAUUGUGGAAGUUAUAAACAUGACAAAUUGAAUUAAAUUUAUCAUGGUUAUAAAUGUUAAGACAGUGUAAAAUAUGCAAAAUUGCAUAAGUAAUUUAUGCACUAUUUUUGACUCUUAAGUUUGAAAAAUUUUAUUGAAAAGGUUCCACAUAAUAGUUAUGGAUAAGUCCUCAGCCAAGGAGGUAUUUUUCCAUUCAUGCAUAAUUGGUGAUUUGAGUACAAUUAAAAUUAACUUGUUUCACAAUAUAUCACCGUUCAGCCUAGACAAGUAUGGAAACAAUGCUUUGCACCUUGCUGCCAUGAACAAUCAACCAAAGGUAUUAGAAUAUUUACUAAACACUGUCAAGACUUAUAAAAGCAACUUUCGUAAUAAAAUUGGACGUACCGCUUUACAUAUUGCAGCCGCUCAAGGUGCAUUUGAGUGUAUUGAAGUUUUACUAAACAACUUUCACUGUGACAUAAAUUCUACAGAUAAGAUUUUUAACAAUAGUCCAUUACACUGGUGUGUUACAAGCAAAUGUAUCAAAGGUGUUAAGAAGUUAUUAGAUGUAGGAGCUGAUUUCACGCUUGUUAACAAAUUUGGUAAAACUCCUUUACAACUUGCCAAAACAACAUGUUUGGACAUUUUUCAUUUAAUAGACAAUUUUAUCAAAAAUAAAAAUAAGGAUCAAUGUUUGCACACAACUCCACGGACUAAUAAUGGGAUUCAAACAAAACAGAAUAUUAGCUCAAAAUCAUCAAAUACACCGCAAUUUAAAAUAAAUAAUGACAGUUCAAAAUCAAAUUCAGAAAUAUUUAAUAAGACUGGUGAACGACAAAGUAUCAAUUGUGAAACAAUAUUAGGUCCUAACCUGGAAUCUAAUAAUUCAGAUGAAUCUUUUUAUCUAGAUAUUUCAAAAUUAAAACAUGGUGAUAAUUCUGUUUUAAAUUUAUUGGAAAAAUCUAUCGAACCAGUUGACGAAACCUCUUUUGUAUCGUCUAUUUUAAACAGUGGAAAAGUUAUUCAGUUGACUGAAGCUGGUAUCCUUGCUUUAGAAUACACCAAGAAUGAAAUAAAUACUCCAAUUCCUGAUCGCCUCGUACAAAGCUUCUUAAACACAUCUCAACAAUAUAAUGAAAAUGAAAAUAAUCUCGAUAAUGAUAUUAUUGAAAAAGAUAUUGAAUUAGGUUCAAAAUCUUCACUCUCCAAAGGAUUGAAACGAUUAAAAAGUCCACAACCCUGCUCUAAAAGAUUAAAAUAUACUGAAAGUACUAUAACAUCAGAGUUUGAAAGUUUAUUGGAUCAAUUGACUUCUAAGUGUACUAAAACUGUGCCCAGAGUUUAUAAUUCAAAAGCCUACUGUUCGCAAAGUUUGUCAUCUGUUGAAAAUAGUACAAUGAGAAACAAUGAAGUUUGCAAUCAAAAUCAAUUAGUUUGUGUAAACCCUGACAUUAAUGCUCAACCCAAAUGGGUAGAUGAUCUAAUGUGUUUAUUGCAUAAGUUAGAUAAUUCAGACCUUGGGGAACAGAAAUCAAUUGAACUAACUUGAUGAACUUAGUAAUUUAUUAUUGAUUAACAUCUAAUAUUUUUGUGAUUCUUAGUUGUGCUGUUUAGUAAAUACAUUUUUCAUAUUUAACAACUUAUGAGGUAUACCUACAUUAUGUAAAAGAAACCGUAACUUCUAUACACAGUAAGACUUUGAUUCCAAAAGAACUGUUCAUGUGUCAGGGUAUCAAUGAUCUAUACAUUGUUGAUUAAUAUUUUCCCUGUUGAUCUCAAAUUAUUUUAGGUUUUACUUAUUUUGUUUUGUUUAAAUUAUUUAAUAAUUUAAAGGAUUUUUUGUGUAUAAUAAAUAAAUAUUUUAGAAGUAUAAAAUAAGAUAAAUUACUUGCAUUAACAUAUUUUUAAUUUCUUAUUUCAAUCAUUUAUUAGUUGUUUAAAUUGUCAUUACGCAUUGUAUUCUUAACAGAAGGUCAUACUAAUAUUUGCUAUCCAAAUACUAAUACAGUAAUACCCUUUUUUUUUAUUCUAAUUAUAUAACUAUUCACUAAUUACAUUAAAGCAAAACUGUAAUUUUUAUAUAUAAAUAUUAUGUAAAUUAAAUUAUGGAAUAAGAUUAACUCAUAAGUCAUUGACCUAUAAAGAAAGUGCAUAAAAAUUAAUUAUCAACAGAAAAAAAUGAAACUUUCUUUCAUCUAUUAUUUCAUAAUAUCUAAUUUUUUCCUCUAUGAUCUGCGUUGAGUGAGCUUAGUCUCUUUCUAACAAUCUUGUUCCAAUAAAACCUUACAGCAUAACAUCAUACUAGUAUAUUAUCUAAGGAUGACACAAAGACAUAGUUUUGUG